GCCGCCGCCGCCGGCCCGCGGAGCCCCGAUGCUGGCCCGGAGGAAGCCGGUGCUGCCGGCGCUCACCAUCAACCCCGCCAUCGCCGAGGGCCCGUCCCCCACCAGCGAGGGCGCUUCCGAAGCAAACUUGGUGGACCUCCAGAAGAAGCUAGAGGAGCUAGAACUUGACGAACAGCAGAAGAAGCGACUGGAAGCCUUCCUUACCCAGAAGGCCAAGGUCGGAGAGCUCAAGGAUGAUGACUUUGAAAGGAUCUCGGAGCUGGGAGCUGGGAAUGGUGGAGUGGUCACCAAGGUCCAGCACAGGCCUUCAGGCCUUAUCAUGGCAAGAAAGCUGAUCCACUUGGAGAUCAAGCCGGCCAUUCGGAACCAGAUCAUCCGGGAGCUGCAGGUGCUGCACGAGUGCAACUCCCCGUACAUUGUGGGCUUCUACGGGGCCUUCUACAGUGAUGGCGAGAUCAGCAUCUGCAUGGAGCACAUGGAUGGAGGUUCUCUGGACCAAGUGUUGAAAGAAGCCAAGAGAAUUCCCGAAGAGAUUUUGGGGAAGGUCAGCAUUGCGGUCCUCCGAGGCUUGGCCUACCUCCGGGAAAAGCACCAGAUCAUGCACCGAGAUGUGAAGCCGUCCAACAUCCUCGUCAACUCCAGAGGGGAGAUCAAGCUCUGUGACUUCGGGGUCAGCGGGCAGCUCAUUGACUCCAUGGCCAACUCCUUCGUGGGCACUCGGUCCUACAUGUCGCCGGAGCGGUUGCAAGGCACCCACUACUCGGUGCAGUCUGACAUCUGGAGCAUGGGCCUGUCCCUGGUGGAGCUGUCCAUCGGAAGGUACCCCAUCCCCCCACCGGACGCCAAGGAGCUGGAGGCCAUAUUUGGCCGGCCCGUGGUGGACGGGGUGGAAGGAGAGCCUCACAGUGUCUCGCCGCGGCCGAGGCCCCCUGGACGCCCCAUCAGCGGUCACAGCAUGGACAGCCGGCCGGCUAUGGCAAUCUUCGAGCUGCUGGACUAUAUUGUGAAUGAGCCUCCUCCCAAGCUGCCCAGUGGCAUCUUCACCCAGGACUUCCAGGAGUUUGUAAAUAAAUGCCUAAUUAAGAAUCCAGCAGAGCGAGCGGAUCUGAAGAUGCUCAUGAACCACACCUUCAUCAAACGGUCUGAGGUGGAAGAGGUGGAUUUCGCUGGCUGGUUGUGUAAAACCCUGCGGUUGAACCAGCCUAGCACACCCACGCGCAUCGCCGUGUGACGGUGACCUGUCCGCCAUCUGUCCGUGCCGCCCUCACAGCGGGACAGACAGCCCCGCCCCCCGCCGCACCCUCGCCGGACGCCAUGCACAUGUCGGACACUUAACUUCCUCCUACCUGUCGCAGCCUGUGACCCUCUGGUCUCUGGGAAAGGGGGACGCUGCUCGUAUUGUCUCCUCAGAACCUGCUUACUUAGGUUUUAAAAAACAACGAAACAGGGAAAGAAAAAGCAAACCUUGACCAUG